CCACUGCCUGCAGCAAGGAAAGGAGGUUGCACUGGGCGCUUUGACUGUCUGAGUCCCCAGGACUCAAACACCCUGAUCCCCCACAGAAAACGAGUUUGCUGGGCUGGGCUGGAGUGCAAUGAAGGUUCCUAACUCCUGAGAACCUUGGGAAAGACUCAUAAAGCAGGAAGGUGCCCACAUGUGCUCAGGCCUGGGGAGCAGGGAACCUACCCAGGGCAUCUAGCCUGGGGCUGCUAGAAGGAGAUAAGGAGUGACAUUCUGAGAUCCACAGUGCAGGAGCCUGUGCAGACAGCUCUGCGCUCUGCCCAGUGUAGGGACCGGCUAGCAGGCAGAGGUCGUGGAGUGGUGGGGGAAUGUACAGUGCCAGCUGAAGUGUGUGCUGCAAGAAGGGAGCCUGGGUCCGCUGGGUCCCUGACCAGCGUUCCUCUACGGAGCCAUGAAGCUCCCUGCGAACUGCCAUGAUCUAAGUGGGCCACAGGCUUCCCGGCGCUCUCAGGAAGCUGCUGCGCCCCGGGCCAUGGUCCCAUCGCGCCGGACGUGGACCCUGGGAGCCACGCCCUCGCUGCGCGGCCUGUGGAGAGUGGGCCGGGCUGGGGAGCCCCAACCGGGCAUGGCUCGCCCCGCCCCAGCCGGCCCGGCCGCCCGCCCUUUCCCACACACCGGCCCGGGGAGGUUGAGAACUGGGACAGUACGUGGAAAAGACACUGCAGCUAGUGGUGACGAAGAAUCUGGAACUCGAGGUGCAGCUCGCCCGGCUCUUGCCCAGUGCCGGGCCCUCAGCGUGGACUGGGCCGGCUCUGGCAGCCCCCACAGGCUCUAUCUGACCGUACAGCAGGCCCUGCGGGACAAGGGGUGCCAGAGCAAGAGUCAGGGGACAAAAGAAGAGAAGGCCCCGAAGAGGCAGGCGCCGGUCCCCAGGCGGGACCGGGACACCCCGGAAGCAGGUGGAACCAUGAAUGUAGAGAAAACAGGUGGGCGGCUCUUUGGCAGUGGGCGGUGUGCCAGCCUGUCGGGGUCUCCUCGUGCAGCCCCUGUGGUGCACAGGAUGGUGGAGGCCAUGUCCCAGCUGCAGGAAGAGAAAUCCAGGCUGCAGGAGGAGUUGGCAGCCCUCCGGGACCCUGACCCGCAGACCACAGCCGCGCAGCUGCAGAACCAGGUGGAGAGCCUGAAGGAGAAGCUCAUCAGCCAGGCCCAGGAAGUGAGCCGCCUUCGAUUGGAGCUGGGAGGCACUGACCUGGAGAAGCACCGGGAUCUGCUGAUGGUGGAGAAUGAGCGCUUGAGGCAGGACAUGCGGCGCUGCGAGGCUGAGCUGCAGGAGCUGCGGGCCAAGCUGGGGAUGCCCUGCGCUGGCUGCGAGCAUAGUCAGGAGAGCUCCCAGCUCCGCGACCAGCUGGGCCAGCUGCAGCUGGAGGUGGCAGAGAACAAGGGCAUGCUGUCUGAACUGAACCUGGAGGUGCAGCAGAAAACUGACCGGCUCGCCGAGGUGGAGCUGCGCCUCAAGGACUGCCUGGCUGAGAAGGCGCAGGAGGAGGAGCGGCUUAGCCGGCGUUUGCGUGACAGCCAUGAGACCAUUGCCAGCCUACGUGCCCAGUCACCGCCCAUCAAGUAUGUCAUCAAGACGGUGGAGGUGGAGUCGCCCAAGACCAAACAGGCCCUGAGCGAGUCCCAGGCUCGGAACCAGCACCUGCAGGAACAAGUGGCCAUGCAGAGGCAGGUGCUGAAGGAGAUGGAACAGCAGCUGCAGAGCUCACACCAACUGACCACGCAGCUCCGAGCGCAGAUCGCCAUGUACGAGUCAGAGCUGGAACGGGCACAUGGGCAGAUGCUGGAGGAGAUGCAGUCGCUGGAGGAGGACAAGAACCGUGCCAUUGAGGAGGCCUUUGCCCGCGCACAGGUGGAGAUGAAAGCAGUGCACGAGAACCUGGCAGGUGUCCGGACCAACCUGCUGACAUUGCAGCCGGCCCUUCGGACUCUAACCCAUGAUUACAAUGGGCUGAAGCGGCAGGUGCGCGGCUUCCCCAUGCUGCUGCAGGAGGCUCUCCAGAGCGUCAAGGCUGAGAUUGGUCAGGCCAUCGAGGAGGUCAAUAACAAUAAUCAGGAGCUGCUGCGAAAAUACCGCCGGGAGCUCCAGCUGCGUAAGAAGUGCCACAAUGAGCUGGUGCGGCUGAAGGGCAACAUCCGGGUGAUUGCUCGAGUCCGGCCAGUCACUAAAGAGGAUGGAGAAGGACCGGAGGCUACCAAUGCAGUGACCUUCGACCCAGAUGAUGACUCCAUCCUCCACCUGCUGCACCGAGGGAAGCCUGUGUCCUUCGAGCUGGACAAGGUUUUCUCCCCGCGGGCCUCACAGCAGGAUGUGUUCCAGGAGGUGCAGGCGCUGAUCACCUCCUGCAUCGACGGUUUCAAUGUUUGCAUCUUCGCCUAUGGACAGACAGGUGCUGGCAAGACAUACACCAUGGAGGGGACAUCGGGACAACCAGGCAUCAACCAGCACGGGGCGCUGCAGCUGCUCUUCUCCGAGGUACAAGACAAGGCGUCCGACUGGGAAUACACCAUCACCGUCAGUGCCGCUGAGAUCUACAAUGAGCUGUUACGGGACCUGCUGGGACAGGAGCCCCAGGAGACUGAGAUCCGGCUGUGCCCAGACGGCAGCGGGCAGCUGUACGUGCCCGGGCUGACCGAGUUCCAAGUGCAGAGUGUGGAGGACAUCAACAAGUAUUUGAGUUUCGGCCACACCAACCGCACCACGGAAUUCACCAACCUGAACGAGCACAGCUCCCGCUCGCACGCACUGCUCAUCGUGACGGUUCGUGGCGUGGACUGCAGCACUGGCCUGCGCACUACAGGAAAGCUCAACCUGGUGGACUUGGCGGGCUCAGAGCGUGUGGGCAAGUCCGGGGCUGAGGGCAGCCGCCUGCGUGAAGCCCAGCACAUCAACAAGUCGCUGUCGGCCUUGGGAGAUGUCAUCGCAGCGCUGCGCUCCCGCCAGGGCCACGUGCCAUUCCGCAACUCCAAACUCACCUACCUGCUGCAGGACUCGCUGAGCGGGGACAGCAAGACCCUCAUGGUGGUGCAGGUGUCCCCUGUAGAGAAGAACACCAGCGAAACGCUGUACUCCCUCAAGUUUGCCGAAGGGUGCGCUCCGUGGAGCUGGGCCCCCGGAUCUCGCAGAACAGAGCUCGCAUCCCACACCUGCCUUUCCUGUCCACAGUGGGAGUCCACUUCCCAGAUAUCCCCGUCUACAUCCCGCGCCCAUUCUGCCCCUGGCUCCGUGUCCAGCAGCCGGCCAGGUUCCAUGAGGAGGAAACUACAGCCAUCAGGGAAGCUGAGACCCGUGCCUGUAUGAUGGACAGAGAGAAGUGACCGACAGCAUCACAGGGGCCAGGGCCUUGCAGGGCCAAUCUGCUGUGUUGCCAGCAGCCCAGGAGGCCACUCUUCGGUCCCUACAGAAGAGACACAAGUUCAGGAGAAAGUCUUGUGCUGUGGCUCUAGAUGCAAGUGGCACAGGCAGGAACUGCAGGGCCUGGUGAGCCCUGGGAAGGGAGUGUAUGCGGGAGGGGCCUGGCUCGCCCUGGAGCAUGUAUAUAGGUGGGCAGGUGGGCAUUGUACAUAGCACAGCCCACCCACCCACACUGGGUAUUUAUGACUGUAGGAGGCCAGUGGGCAGUUUUUGCUGCUCUCUCUGCCUGACUCCAGGCUUUCUUCUUGCCCAAGGGCCUCCUGACAUUUUCCUUCCUCUGAAAUCCUAUUUAAGACCUUUUGGAAGCUUAGCCAUUUUUACUUGUUAAAAUAAAAGCCUUUUUACACAA